AUGAACAAUCUCUUCUACUGUAAUCGAGUGAAGGUUCGCAACAAAGGACGGAUUGAUGCUCCUUUCAGGCUGUCGAGCCGUGACACCACUAUUGGCCGCUGUUUCUCCUUCUGUCCUGAGGAAGGCGUCCUUCCCUCGGGGGCCUGCCAGAAUGUGGAAGUCAUCUUCUGCAGUCACACAUUGGGAACUUUCACAGAGGACCUGCUGCUAACUGUCACAGGACGGCCGCAACCACUUACAGUGACUUUCAGGUGUGUUGUUCCUGCUAUUGUGGUGGAGACCCCGGUGUUGAACUUUCAGAGGUGUUUUCUCGAUCACCGAUACGAACAGAAAGUGCAACUGACUAACACCGGCCCUCUACCUGCCUGCUAUGGAGUGCUUGACCAGGAAUACGAGGAGAGUCCGUCACUGCUCAUUGGCAGUUCCACUCCCACCGGAAUGAUUCGCCCUCACAGUUCAGAGGAGUUUCCUGUGUUCCUGCUUGCCAAGGCCGUUGGACUCUACGCAUCGCUGUGUUUGGCAGCGUCCAGCCACCCCAGAUCCUGGGAAGUUUGUGCGCUUUGGAGUGUGAAUCACUGUUUCUGCCCUAUGGGGGUGUAA